GCAGCGUGUUGGUAGUCCGGUUUUGUAGGAGUGAAAGGGCGCAGUGAAGCGCUCUUGGUUUGUAGGGAGCAGCAGACACAGCCCAGUUACUCUGCGGUGCAGAAGAACGAGGGUGGGCAAUUAACUAAACUAAAGCCAAGAAAGAAAUAUAUACUGGAGUGGUGUUUUUUGAUUAAAACAUUUAGUUACAGGUUUUAAAAAAAGUUUUUGGUUUGAGUUUAUAAGAAAAAAAAAUGUUUAAAACCUUAACUGCGUUACUGGUGUUUUCGAUUACGGGACUGGAACCCACGUAUAUCGCAUCGAAAAACGAAAACCUCGACGCGAGGAUAUUUAGGGACACAGAUGAAGGGGCAGCGGGUAAUCCCGUAGAGGUAAGACCACAACGAGGCGCGUUUGCAGGUGCGUUUCUGAGCUCACCUGAACAAUUAAAAGGUGUUGGACCAGAACGUGUUUUAAAAGACGAUGCUGAAGCCGAAACAAGGCGCUUGGAAGACGGGAAUCGCCUUCACUUAACACAGAACAUGCUUGUCAGAAGACACCCCCGAGGGGCAAAUGCUGACAAACCUCGUAUAGGUGGUGGGCAACAAGGUCCCCUGCAGUACCCCCGACCCAUCGACACGACGAACUACUUUACCACGCCUAACCUGGCUUUGCUUACCUCUCAUACCAGCCAGUCCACAGGUAACAAGGAACCUGAACGAGGAGCGGAGAGCAAACCGUUAGACCUUUCCAAAGCCAAGGCUGACGCGCCCGACAACGGGAACGGGAGCUCCACGGACAGAAAGAACACCCACAUCCACAACCCGCUCUACCCCGUCACAGAGAGCUCGUACAGCGCCUACGCGGUGAUGUUCCUCUCGCUGAUUGUCUUCGCUAUCGGGAUCAUCGGGAACCUGUCUGUGAUGUGCAUCGUCUGGCACAACUACUACAUGAAGAGCGCCUGGAACUCCAUCCUCGCCAGCCUGGCGUUCUGGGACUUUGUGGUCCUGUUCUUCUGCCUGCCGGUGGUGAUCUUCAAUGAGCUCACCAAAACCAGGCUCCUGGGAGACGUGUCCUGCAGGAUAGUGCCUUACCUGGAGGUGACCUCGCUGGGCGUGACCACCUUCAGCCUGUGCGCUCUGGGAAUAGACCGCUUCCACGCCGCCACCAGCACCCAGCCCAAGUCCCGCCCCAUUGAGCCGUGCCAGUCCAUCUUCGCCAAGCUGGCUGUCAUCUGGGUGGGGUCCAUGAUCCUGGCGGUGCCCGAGGUGCUCCUGUGGCAGCUCAGCCAGGAUCCGUCCCCCCUCACAGGCCUGCUGGUGGACUCCUGCACCAUGAAGCCCUCCGUCAACCUCCCUGAGUCCAUCUACUCCCUGGUGCUGACCUACCACGACGCCCGCAUGUGGUGGUACUUCGGCUGCUACUUCUGCCUGCCGAUCCUCUUCACCCUGGCCUGCCAGCUGAUCACCCGCAGGAUCCGGGGGCCUGGGGUCAAGAAGCCGGAGGGCAGGGGUUCCCCGAAAAAACAACACACGCAGCGUGACAACCAGCUCAACUGCACCGUGGUGGGGCUGGCCAUCAUCUACGGGGCCUGCACCCUCCCUGAGAACAUCUCCAACAUCGUCCUGGCCUACCUGUCGGGGGAGGUGUCCCGCUCCACCAGCGAGCUGCUCGGCCUCAUCGACCACUUCUUUCUGUUCUUCAAGUCGUCCGUGACGCCGGUGCUGCUGCUGUGUCUCUGCAAACCGCUGGGACAAGCCUUCGUGGACUGCUGCUGCUGCUGCUGUGAGGAGUGUGGCCCCGACUCCCCCCCAGGAGAGGGGCCCGACAGCAAGCUCAGCACCACCGAGAUGUCCUCCUCCAUCUUCUUUGACAAGCCCAAGGUGACCUCCUCCAUCCUGGCCAUCGGGACGCCCUGUUAACUGUUAAUAGGGAUCAUCUAGAGGAUCGUACCGGAGCCCACCCCCCCUUUGUUUUGUGCUGGAGUCCCCUGAUAUUUGCAGCCCUUGUUAACUCAGCACAUAGAAAGAGAGGAGUUAGCAAGGGUGUGAAGAGAAGAGAAAGAAGGCCAGUGCAGAUUCCUCGCUGCCACACCACAAUUCCAGACAGUUCUUGAGAGUUGGAGAGAUUUGGCCCGUGAAAGCUCAUGGGCAGGUAGAAUCUUUCCCCUCGUAGUCUAGUAAACAAGCUGUGUUUUAAGCACCUUUAGUAGCUUAACAUUAUCGAAACAACUGAUGUUGUUUAUAACCUCCCACUGCUGCAAGUAGAGCAGAGAUAAAGGUAUGUUUCAAUGAUCUGAGCAGCAGAUCAUUCAAACUAUUUUUUUCUUCAAUAUUUUUAGAUUUAAAGUUAUUCUGUUAACACACACACACACAUUGCCUGUACAAUUACACUGUGAAAUAACAAAAGCAUAUAUAUAUAUGUAUGUGCUUAUGCCGUUAUGAUUUACAAUCCUGGUCGCAGAACAUUUUUUAGUUUGUCGGAAUGGAGGGCGGUGUGGUAGCCAGACGGUGCAGUUAAUAGUUUUUUUUCCUCUGGACAAUCGUUUCACAGCACUCUGUGUUUUUCAGCUGAGAGCUAGUAAGAGAAAGUGGAAGUUUAUAUCACCUCAAGGGCUCUCUGUAAUUAACCUUUCAUUUAACGUAAGGGAUGUUUUAGUGUUUUGUUUAGGGCUGACAGGAACCCGCUGCAAUAGAGACAGGGGUUGUUAUUUACAGGGAAUAAUACAUGUAGUGCUUAUACCUGUGAACCAGGACAGAGUUCUAGUGUUUUCAGUUAAUAAUACAAGCAGGUUUACUUUAAUAAUUCUUUAUAUUAACAUGGCAAUAACUACCAGUAAUAACAAUUUGUAAUUGUCUGUUCUUUCCUUUCCUCCAUCCUAACCUUAGCCUAUUCAUUAUAAACUGGUAUUACACAGGAACAGAAGCAUCUGUUAAAGAUUUGAAAGGAGAGAGAAAGAUUUGAAAGGAGAGAGUGGAAAUUACACACAACUACCCUCAUUAUUUCCGGUCAAUAUAUAUGUAUAUAUAUAUAUUAGAGGUCGGCACGGAUAGAAAAUCCAGAACCAGAACCGGCUACCCGGAUCUUUUUUGGGUAAUGAUUAAAAAUAAAAUCACAUAUAUUAAUGUUUUAAGUGCAUGAUACUGUAUAGUACACAUACAUUUAGUCCCUUCAGAUCUGUAGACUUGUGUAACAUCGAAAUAAUAAUAAUAAUAAUAAUAAUAAUAAUAAUAAUAAUAAUAAUAAUAAUAAUAAUAAUAAUAAUAAUAAUAAUAAUACUAACUUCAAUGCUCAUUUCUUGUAAAGACACCGACAUAUCUGAAUUUUGUUCAUCGCGGUUUUCUUUUGAAACCUCUCCAAUCACAUGAACAUCAUUUGUUAUUUUCCUCAUGUUGUUUUGACAAACUGUCUGGAAACGAGUAUCCAUGGCACUGAUAAAUCAGUGAAAUUGACGGGGUAUGGGAUUUGUAGUUUUUAAUGUGUGAUUAACAGCUAAAAAAAAUAAAAAAUCAUGUUUAUUUUGUAUAGUCAACCAUUAGGAAUUUCUAGAGGCACACAUUAAAAUUUACGUUCGUGCAAGCACAUUCUUAGUGGCAUAUGCAACCAAAUUAGUGGCACUUAGAGCCCUGUUGUGUUGUUUUGUUUCCAAUUUAGUUCCUGAGAAGAAUAGUUACUGCAGUUGUUAUUAUUGAGGUGUACUUGCCACUCUGUGGUAUUGUUUUCUGUAAAACAUUGAUAUCCUGUCAGUUAAGAAAAGGCAUCAUGCAAAAACUUGUUUUAACAUUGUCUUUAUUACACCGGCCAGAGACCCACACUUACAACUGCAUUGCCAUAUUUUCUACAUUUUCCUUAAAUUCUCAAAUUAAUAAUCGAUACCCCCGGGUAGUAAAAAGAGACCCGGGUAGUGUCGGGUAAUUUAAAACCGGGGUUUUACCGUACCCGUGCCGACCUCUAAUAUAUAUAUAUAUAUAUAUAUAUAUAUAUAUAUAUAUAUAUAUAUAUAUAUAUAGUGGACUGUCCCUGUUUAUUCAGGCUGCUGUUUUUGAGCUUCAGUGAUUAUGGAAAACAUGUUUUGUUUGUUUUUUUAUUCAACACAAAAUGGCAUGGCAAGAUACAUGAGGAAACUAGAGCUCUUUUAUUAUUGUUGUUACAUUUUAAUAAAACAUUUGUAAAUGA